AGUGAACUUACUGAAUGGAACGACAUUUCAUCGUUUGAGGAGUUCAGGCUUGCUAACAUAAGACCAGUCAGAAGUAGAUUACAGUCAUUGAAAACUAAUAAGACUAGUAAACGUUUGAUUCAUAUGGUAGAUGGGGAUGAGAUAACUGCUAGGGUACAAGGACCUGAAAAGAUGUCAUUGCAUCAAGUUGGGGAUUACCUGAGCAUCGGCAAGUCAAACACAACCCACCAAACCAGAAAAGAGCUGGCUAGAUUGGUGAACUUGGUACCACAACCGACAAACACAGAGCCAGCCGUGACAUCUGCUUGGUCAAUGUUAACAAACGGAGAUGUUGAAUAUCAAAUACAGUCCAUCAACAAUAUUACGGAGGCCCUUGUUGACAAGGAGAAAACAAAAAAAGCUGUAUUAAAAAAAAUGAAAGGAACAGCUGCACAAAAAAAGGAUAACAUUGAAAAAACUAAAGAAAUAAUUGGCCACGUUAUACAAGAACUAAACAAAACUAAAGUGAACCAAGCCAUGCACGGGAAAGUUUUCGAAGGAUUCUGGAAGACAAUUGAGACAAUGCUGCCAGAUGAUUGAUCUCGAGUAACUACUAUGGUAUGCUCAACUAACUACUUUGGUAUGCUUUACUGAUAAAGGACACAAUAAUCCGGUGGUGCCUUUAUAUAGAACUAUAGACUAUAUAAAUAUAUGUAGAUAUUGAAAGUUAUUUUGACACUUGCAAGACAAUGACCAGAAUAUUGUUU